AUGCCACCAAAGUUCGAUCCCACCGCCAUCGUCGAGGUCUACCUCCGAGUUGUUGGUGGCGAAGUCGGUGCCACUUCCGCCCUUGCCCCAAAGAUCGGUCCCCUCGGUCUCUCCCCAAAGAAGAUCGGUGACGACAUCUGCAAGGCCACUGGCGACUGGAAGGGUCUCAAGAUCACUGUCAAGCUCACCAUCCAGAACCGACAGGCUCAGGUCUCCGUCGUCCCCUCCGCCUCCUCGAUGAUCAUCAAGGCCCUCAAGGAGCCCCUCCGAGACAGAAAGAAGGUCAAGAACAUCCAGCACAACGGUAACAUCACCAUGGACGACAUCAUCAACUGCGCUCGAAUCAUGCGACCACGAUCUGGCGCCCGGGACCUUUCCGGCACCAUCCGAGAAAUCCUCGGCACUGCCCAGUCCGUUGGAUGCACCGUCGACGGCUCCGACCCACACGAUCUCAUCGAACAGAUCCGGGCCGGCGAACUUGAUGUUCCUCUUGAAUAA